AUGGAUGAAGCAGCUUAUGACUAUGCGCCGGGUGAAGAUGUGUGGCAGGAGAAGUCACCAGCAAAGCCGCCCGAGGAGCAGUUGGACCGUUUCAUCCCCCGUUGCGACCCGGACCUUGAGAACCGCUUCGCCUUGUUGGAGCGCUCAGAGCCACAGGUCGCGGACGCGGAGAACAACAGCGCCUAUGCACAGCUUUUGCGCUCCGAGCUGUUAGGCAUCCGAGAAGAGAAGCCUGAGAAAGCGUUCAAGACACCAGAGAAGAGCCUCUUCAGAUACAAAAGCAGUCCGCAGGCCAAUCAGGAGGACGCCUUCAGCUUGUCGCCGGUGUCCUUUCAGAGCGCUCAGCUGAAUGAGCCCCGGAAAACGCCACGGAAGAUUGCCAAGGUGCCGUUUAAGGUCCUGGACGCACCGCAGCUGCAGGAUGAUUUCUACUUGAACUUGGUGGAUUGGUCUCCCAGCAACGUGCUCUCUGUGGGCCUCAGUAACUGCGUGUACCUGUGGAGCGCCGCCACCUCUCGCGUCACCAAACUGUGUGAUUUGGGCGCUGACGACGCGGUCACCAGCGUCAGCUGGACACAGCGGGGCGCGCACUUGGCGGUUGGCACCAACAAGGGCGAGGUACAGAUCUGGGAUAGCAGCCAAUGUCGAAAACUCCGGACCAUGAGUGGUCACCUGGGGCGAGUGGGGACGAUGGCGUGGAAUGGAGUCCUGGAGCAAUGGGCGAUGCAGUUCCCCAGAUUACGUCGACGGAGCUGUGGAGGAUACGUCCUUUCGACCGGUAGCCGUGAUCACCACAUCUUGCACCGGGACGUGCGGCAGCCAGCGCCCUUCAUGAGCAAGCUCCAUGGCCAUCGACAAGAAGUCUGUGGCCUUAAGUGGAGCUUUGAUGAGCAGCAGUUGGCAUCAGGUGGCAACGACAACAAACUGUGCGUUUGGUCUUUGAAGUCCAACGAGCCGGUCCUGAAGUUCAACCAACACCAAGCUGCAGUGAAGGCGAUUGCUUGGUCGCCGCACCAGCAUGGACUGUUGGCUUCCGGCGGGGGCACUGCUGACAGGUGCAUCCGUUUCUGGAACACGGUGAACAACAUGCCGCUCUCUUCCAUCGACACGGGCUCCCAGGUUUGCAACCUCGUGUGGUCAAAGAACCUCAACGAGAUCGUGAGCACCCACGGAUAUUCGCUCAAUCAAAUCAUCCUUUGGAAGUACCCCGCGAUGACAAAGGUAGCCACCCUGACAGGGCAUACCUAUCGCGUUCUUUACCUGGCGAUCUCCCCCGAUGGACAGACAGUGGUCACCGGCGCGGGGGACGAGACCUUGCGCUUUUGGAAUGUGUUUCCCAGCGCCAAGUCCAGAUCCGGAUCUGGGUUAUCCUCUUCGCUGCCCUUGGGGCGGACCAUCCGAUAA